AGAUAUAGAGAACGAAAUAUAGAGAACGUUGUUGGAGAUAAAGAAGAUAUAGAGGACGGAAUCUUUUAGAGUGUAGGAUAAAGAAUAUUUUUUUAAAGGAUGAAAUUUAGAGGACGUUGUUGGACAUAGCCUUACAACUCCAACUACGCAAAAAGUCUGUCGGUGAUACAGCAGCAGUCCAUAUCCUGGGGCCUGGUCUGUGACAAGACAAUCUCACUGAAGCGACGUCCGGUCAACAAGAGCUGGCGGCAGUUAUGAUUUCUGGAUGAUGCAGUGGAGCCAUGCCAGCUCGGGUUGACAUCGCCAUCUUGUAUGGAGUCAUGGGCUUGUGCACUCUCUCUCCUUCAGCGCAAGAGCACGAGUUCGUUUCAUCCUUGCUAUGGCUACUACCGCUAGUUCGCCAAUGGGGGCAGCGAAGCGCGUCGUCUGCUGGCGGCCAUCCGCGGCACCGCUGGCCACCUGCUUCUUCUCCCUCGCCGUGGCUACCCUCGCGGCGGCCAGCGACACCAUCCUCCCCGGCGGCGACGGCAUCUCCGGGAACCAGACGCUGGUCUCCCAGAACGGCGUGUUCGAGCUGGGGUUCUUCUCCCCGGGGACGGACAUAUACCACUUCCUGGGCGUGCGGAUCAGGAACAUGCCGGGGGACGCAGGCACCACCCCGACGUUCUGGUUCGGGGACCGGGUCUACAUCUCCGACCUCUCCAGCGCGGCGCUGCAGCUGAUCGGCGACCGCCUGUACAUCACGGAGAACGGCACUAACCUCUGGUGGUCAAGCGUGGCGGGCGCCGCCGCCGCCGCAUCGGCGGCAUAUUCCGCCGUCGCGGCGGUCCUCCUCGACAGCGGCAACCUCGUGGUCGUGGCGAGGGACCAAGCCAACUCGUCGUCGUCGCGGGUCCUGUGGCAGAGCUUCGACUACCCCGGCGACGCGCUGCUCCCCGGCGCGAGGCUCGGGCUCGACGGGGACACCGGAACCAACGUCUCGCUGACGUACAGGAACGCCAACUCGUGGCACAGCAGCAGCCUCAGCGUGGACGUGGACCCGCGCAGGAGGAACGGGUUCGUGCUCACCACCGACGGCUGGGACGUCCACCGGGGGACCUUCCCGGCGUGGAUGGUGUCUUCGCAAGGAAACGGCAGCUCGCUGGUGCUGCUCAACAACACCCGUCCGGGUCCGGGUCUGGGUCCGGCUGCGGACGGCGCAGGCAUGGUGGCGGAGCACCUGCAGCUGCACCUGGGGCAGGUGAGCCUACGGAGCUGGUCGAGUUCCGCUGGCUGCUGGGUGGCCCGCUGGACCUUCCCGUCCGACUGCAGAUCCAGCGCCUUCUUCUGCGGCCGUUUCGGCGUUUGCACGAGCGCCGGCACGUGUGCCUGCGUCGACGGAUUCGAGCCUUCGAAACCCUGCGAGUGGCAGCGCGGGUACUUUGUGGACGGGUGCACCAGGUCUCACCCGCUGAGCUGCACCGCAGACGAUAGUGGCCGCCAGGACGACUCGUUUCUGCUCCUGGACAACCUGCGAGGGCUCCCUUACAGUUCCAUCCCCCAGAACGAUACGGCGGCACAAGGCGACGAAGGCUGCAGAGAAGCCUGUGCAGGCAAGUGCUACUGCGUCGCGUACGCCUACGACGACUCUGGAUGCAAGCUGUGGUACAACUACCUGUACAACGUGAGCUUCGCUGCUACGCCUCCGUACAGCAAGGUUUACCUUCGUUUGGCUUCUUCUGAGCCCGUGGUCCAGAAAGGUCCGAGAACUGUAAGCAGCAUCGUGCUCAUGGCUGUCGGAUUGGCAGCAGCGGCAGCCUGUGUGAUAUCGAUACUGCUGGCGCUCCUACGGAGAUACAGGGACAGGAGAAAGUUCCAACAACGGGCGGAAGGUUCUCUGUCUGUCUACCCAUACGCGGAGGUGAGGAGAGCCACGAGGAAUUUCUCCGACAAGCUCGGCGAGGGGGGGUUCGGCUGCGUCUUCAGGGGGACGAUGCCCGGACCCGGACCCGGACCGACCGCCGUCGCCGUGAAGCGUCUCAAAGGGCUCGGGCGCGCGGACAAGCAGUUCGGAGCCGAGGUGCAGACGCUGGGAGUGAUCCGGCACACGAACGUCGUCCCUCUCCUGGGGUUCUGCGUGAAAGGGAGCACGAGGAUGCUGGUGUACCAGUACAUGGACAACGGCUCCCUGGACGCGCACCUCUUCUCGGGAAGCCCUUGCUGCCGGCUGCUGGACUGGGGCCUCCGGUACCGGAUCGCGCAUGGCGUCGCCAGGGGCCUAGCCUAUCUCCACGAGGAGUGCCAGGACUGCAUCAUACACUGCGACAUCAAGCCUGAGAACAUCCUCCUCGACGCGGAGUUCCGCGCGAAGAUCGCGGACUUCGGCAUGGCGAAGCUUCUCGGGCGGGAGUUCAGCUCCGCGCUGACCACGAUCCGGGGGACCAUGGGGUAUCUCGCGCCGGAGUGGGUGUCUGGGCAGCCUAUCACCAAGAAGGCAGACGUCUACAGCUUCGGCAUCGUGCUUCUGGAAAUAAUCUCGGGGAGAAGGAUGACAAGGAGACUGAAAUCUGGAAGCCAUCGGUAUUUCCCCCUCUAUGCUGCUGUCCAGCUGAACGAGGGGAACGUGCUGUGCUUGCUGGACCCUAGGCUGGAAGGGCAUGCCGAUGUCAGGGAGCUUGACGUCGCCUGCAGAGUUGCCUGCUGGUGUAUCCAGGACGAGGAGAACGACAGGCCGUCCAUGGCCCAAGUUGUUCGUAUGCUGGAAGGUGUUGUAGACGCUGAGAUUCCUCCAGUUCCGUCUUCGUUCAAGGACCUUAUUGAGGGUGACAACAGCAGCACAUGUUCCGAAGAAGGCUAAUGUUUUUUCUUUACUAUAUGCGGACAAUUGAUUAGGAUAGUUUAUUGUAUAUUGAAGGCUCAGAACAGAUAUGGUCCGUGUCUAGGCACUAGGUCUUUUCCCCCUGUUAGAUAUAUGGUGUGUGGAAAUUUGCAGUUCUUUUUCUUGGCUUAGGGCUAGUUUAGUAACUA